GGGCCCCACUUUAAGGGUAGAUCCGCUAAUGGGCCUAAAGAUAAAGCUGAGGCCGUUAUCUUCCCGCGAAACCCCAUUCCAGGUUUUACUAUUUAUUCAGCUUCGAAACUUCUCUCGGUCUACCUCACGUACACAUAUUUUCAUGGCGCCGAUUUCUUCAAUUGGAAUUUUACAGCAAUCCUUACCGGUAUCUCUUGGAAGCGCUUCAACCAUGAAGUGGCGCAUGCCGAUUACGCUUCAAUUCGCUCCUCAGAUACCCUAUAAAUCUGAGUCCAGUUCAAGCGGUGAAAGCGGUUUUGCAGUUUAUGGAGACAAGAUUGAUAGAAGAAAAGUCAUGAUAUCUUCGGUUGGGUUGAUAGCUGGGGCAUUGUGGGGUGCUUCAAAAGAUGGGGUGGCCGUGGCAUCUGAAUUUGCUGACAUGCCAGCACUCAGGGGAAAGGAUUAUGGCAAGACAAAAAUGCGCUAUCCAGAUUACAUUGAAACAGAAUCCGGUCUUCAAUGCAAGGAUUUGCGAAAGGGAAAUGGCCCCACACCAAAUAUGGGAGAGGCCGUUGUGGUUGAUUGGGAUGGAUAUACCAUAGGUUACUAUGGCCGCAUAUUUGAAGCUCGAAACAAGACAAAGGGUGGUUCCUUUGAGGGGGGUGAGAAAGAUUUUUUCAAAUUUAGAUUAGGAUCCCAAGAGGUCAGGUUAUUCUUCUAUAGAUGUGUUCGUUUCAAUUUGGAUGAUAUGAUAUGGGAACGUACUUUUGUUUUCUCUUAGCAUUUUAUCGUAGGUAACUUUUUUGUCAUCUCACUUUUUUACGAGUCCGAAGCAUUCUCGACUUGUUGUCCUUCCAAUCCAAAUAUCAGAUGGUGGUGCUAACUAUAAACUAGUUUGGUGAAACUGUUUGCUCUUGAAUCCAAAUGUUAAUGAUUGGCAUUCUGUUGUAACAAUGCUAUAUGAUUCGUUUGCUACCUUGGAAACAUGUUCUCUUGUCAAUUUUGAGGGCUUAGAUUGUGCUGCCGGGCUCUUGCAUUUUUCAGGUAAUACCAGCUUUUGAGGAGGCUGUUUCAGGCAUGGCUCUGGGUGGCAUUAGAAGUGAUGCAGGAUCAUAGUGCCUCCUGAACUCGGGUAUCCAGGGAAUGACUUCAACAAAAGCGGACCAAAGCCAAUAACAUUUUCGG